GGAGCAGCCGUCCGCGCCCGGGCGGCGGAGAUCGGCCGCCGGCUGGCCAGUGGCGGGGCCGCGCCGAGAGAGCCGCCGUCGCCCGCCGGGGAGCGCUGCGCCGGAGGACGCCCAGUGAGUGACCGCGACUUUUCAAAGCCGGGCUGCGCGCGCGAGCCGGCGAGUCCGUUGCAGGCGGCGUCCCCUUAACCCUGCGUUUCCUGGAGCGCGCGGGCGAGCGGGGCGCAGCGGCCAGGACAGCCGGCGAGCGCGCGCGCUCCUAGACAAACUUUCCUCGCCCAGAGCCCGGGGAGGCGCGAGUGUCCCCGGCUGGCCUGCGCGCUGUUGCGGCCCCGAAACUUGUGCGCGCCGCCCAAACUAACCGCACGCGGAGAGCCGGACUGUUCUAUGACUGCAAAGAUGGAAACGACCUUCUACGACGAUGCCCUCAACGCCUCGUUCCUCCAGUCCGAGAGCGGCGCGUACGGCUACAGUAACCCCAAGAUCCUGAAGCAGAGCAUGACCCUGAACCUGGCGGACCCGGUGGGCAGCCUGAAGCCGCACCUCCGGGCCAAGAACUCCGACCUCCUUACCUCGCCCGACGUGGGGCUGCUCAAGUUGGCGUCGCCGGAGCUGGAGCGCCUGAUCAUCCAGUCCAGCAACGGGCACAUCACCACCACGCCGACCCCCACUCAGUUCCUGUGCCCCAAGAACGUGACGGACGAGCAGGAGGGCUUCGCGGAGGGCUUCGUGCGCGCCCUGGCCGAGCUGCACAGCCAGAACACGCUCCCCAGCGUCACGUCCGCGGCGCAGCCGGUCAGCGGGGCGGGCAUGGUGGCUCCCGCGGUGGCUUCGGUGGCGGGCGGCAGCGGGAGCGGCGGCUUCAGCGCCAGCCUGCACAGCGAGCCGCCGGUCUACGCCAACCUCAGCAACUUCAACCCCGGCGCUCUGAGCAGCGGUGGCGGGGCGCCCUCCUACGGCGCCACCGGCCUGGCCUUCUCAGCUCAGCCCCAGCAGCAGCAGCAGCCGCCGCAGGCUCACCACCUGCCGCAGCAGAUCCCGGUGCAGCACCCGCGGCUGCAGGCCCUGAAGGAGGAGCCGCAGACGGUGCCCGAGAUGCCUGGGGAGACGCCGCCCCUGUCCCCCAUCGACAUGGAGUCCCAAGAGCGGAUCAAGGCCGAGAGGAAGCGCAUGAGGAACCGCAUCGCCGCCUCCAAGUGCCGGAAAAGAAAGCUGGAGAGGAUCGCCCGGCUGGAGGAGAAAGUGAAAACCUUGAAAGCUCAGAACUCGGAGCUGGCGUCCACGGCUAACAUGCUCAGGGAACAGGUGGCACAGCUUAAACAGAAAGUCAUGAACCACGUUAACAGUGGGUGCCAACUCAUGCUAACGCAGCAGUUGCAAACGUUUUGAGGAGAGACUCUGGGGGCUGAGGGGCAAAGGAGAAAAAAAUAACACAGAGAGACUGACUUGAGAACUUGACAAGUUGCAAGAGACAGAGAGAAAAAAAGAAGUAGAGGACUAAAGCCAAGGGUAUCCAAGUUGGACUGGGUUGCGUCCUGACGGCGCCCCCAGUGUGCACGAGUGGGAAGGACUUGGCGCGCCCUUCCUUGGCAUGGAGCCAAGGAGUGGCUGCCUGCGGGUUGCCCCGCUUUGCGGACGGGCUGUCCCCGCGAGAAACAGAACGUUAGACUUUUCUUUAACAUUGACCAAGAACUGCAUGGACCUAACAUUCGAUCUCGUUCAGUAUUAAAAGGGGGAGGGGGAGGGGUUACAAACUGCUCUAGAGACUGUAGAUCGCUUCUGUAGUACUCCUUAAGAACACAAAAGGGGGGCUCUGGGGGAGGGGAGGUGGGAGGGAGGUUUGUGAGAACAAGGCUGAUCCUACAAACGAACUCUUUCUGGCCUGCCUUCCUUAACUGUGUAUGUACAUAUAUAUAUUUUUUAAUUUGAUGAAAGCUGAUUACUGUCAAUAAACAGCUUCAUGCCUUUGUAAGUUAUUUCAUGCUUGUUUGUUUGGGUGUCCUACCCAGUGUUGUUUGUAAAUAAGAGAUUUGGAAGCACUCUGAGUUUACCAUUUGUAAUAAAGUAUAUAAUUUUUUUAUGUUUUGUUUCUGAAAAUUUCAGAAAGGAUAUUUAAGAAAAUACAAUAAAAUAUUGGGUAAAGUAACCCCCCCACACACACCUCUUUUCUGCAUUAUCUAUAGAUUACCUACCUAAGCGGACUUGAAAGGCUUCAAGUCACUCUCAGUGCUUCUUGUUAUCAACAGUAAAAGCUGUUCUCUACUGGACUUUAGAAAUAACUUUAACUGGUAUUCUCAUCAAGUUAUAGUCUUGCCUCCCCCAACUAUCUAUAUAGUUGCUUACAGAGGACAGUGAAUUUUUGGGUGGAGAGCAACAGCCCACCGGGAAGUCAUACACUUUAAAGUUUAGAUUAUAUCAGAUUAUAGAUGUUGUGACCAUUUUUGUUAGUAGAAACAAUAGAUGCUUUUUUAAAGCAGAAAACAGUGGCAGAUUUUUACAAAAGAUGUGUACUUCCCAUUUGGAAUCUUCACUUUAAUAAUAACUAGGUAAACGAGAUGGUCUUUGCUUAUGAAUAUUUAUAACAGCAUUCUUGACACAAAUAAACAUUCAAAUACCAAUAACAGAUCUUGAAUUCCUUUCCCUUUACUACUUUUUUUUUUUUUCUCAAGUGAUAUACUGAAGCUUUCGGUUGCUGGGGUUAACAUUAACACCACCGGAAGGUAAUUAAGAAGUAAAGAACUAGAAAGAGUCAACAUAGAAGUUGCAAUAUGAUUGAAACUCUCUCUCUCACUCUCUCUCUCUCUCUCUCUCUGUCUCUCUCUUUCUACCUCCACACACACACACAUACACACACAAACACCUAUGACUAAGAGAUUAUAACAGUUUACCAUUUGGGAUCCUUCUAUAGUUUAUUUCUUAAUUUGUUUCUAAAAUAAUCAGUCUUGUUUAAUUAAUUCUUAUAAACUCCAUCUCAAAAGAUGAUAAUCUAGAUACUAUGGAAAAGAUUUGCAAGAGAAAACAUGAGCACCAACCCAAUGAUUACAUGUGUAAAUCAAAUCUUAGCUCUGGGGAAACAACAAACUUGAAUUCUGUCUACAGAUAUAUAACUGAGGGGAUCAACAAGGCAGUAGUCAACAGGGGAACAAUUUUUGCUUGGUUGUUUUUCAUCCCAAGAGCUAGAGUGAUUAUCAAGCAGCAAAAGCAAUUUGAUAUCCAGGAAUAUUUCACAAACCACUAAUUGAGGCAGGGCUGUUUGCUCAUUAACAGUGCUCUAGUACCCAACAGGUCUGGGAGUGCUAAUAUCCUGCCUGUGGCUGUAAAUCCAAAGACAUAAAGUGUUUCUCCUUAGGAGUAUAUCUAGGAGUGGAAGAGAUUGGACAAACUUGUGAGCCAUCUGAUCCACUCCACUGUAAUAAUGCUUCUUUAACAAAGGGUUACUGGGAGUAGAGCCCAGUUUGCCAAACAGGGAAUUUGCUGAUGUCAGCAACCCGGAAGGUGAGUUGAUUUUGACCAUAUGCAGGAAUAGUCAGCAAAGGGACAAUAAAGCACUGUGGGGUGGGGCUCUGUGGCAGCUAAACAAGAGCCAACUA